AUGCCCAGCAUUCCGUUCAUCGGGAGGCUGUAUCUCCAGGAGUAUCUGGCCCUGCUUGGUUCUUUUAUUCUGAUUGGUCUGGAAAUCAUCAUCAGAGGCAUCACUCUAGCUCUACCAGGUCCCAUCAUUCGCUUCUUCUACAAUUGCUCGCGUAGAAUAUUCAACCAACUCUCCGGUGCCCAGGGCAGGAGGUCAAGAAACCGGAAAAAGGCCAUCUCAUCCCCAAUUGCUCAAGCUUCGGAUUUCGUCGAGCUCUGUGAGCUUUUUGGUUACUAUGCCGAAGAACAUAUCGUUCAGACCAAGGACGGCUAUCUAUUAGGUCUCCACCGUCUUGGCUGGAAGCGGGGCGAAGAAGACCAGAGGGUAAACAGCGGAGAGGGUAGCAUUCAGAAAAAGGUCGUCUACCUCCAUCAUGGCCUCAUGAUGAACAGCGAGGUUUGGGUUUGCUUGACUGAGAAGGAGCGCUGCCUACCCUUUGUACUCGUCGACCAAGGAUACGAUGUCUGGCUGGGCAACAACCGUGGCAACAAGUACUCCAAGAAGAAUGUUCACCACUCUCCCACCAGUGCUGCUUUCUGGAACUACUCGAUCGAUCAAUUCGCCUUCCAUGAUAUUCCAGAUACUAUCGACUACAUUCUUGCUACCACGAGUCAAAAGUCGCUGUCCCAUGUUGGCUUCUCGCAAGGAACUGCUCAAGCCUUUGCCACUCUUUCCAUCCACCCUAACCUGAACGAGAAGGUUAAUGUCUUUGUUGCGCUCGCACCUGCAAUGGCUCCUCCAGGCUUAGCCAUGGGAAUUGUUAGUAGUUUCAUCAAGGCAUCACCAGAGGUCUUGUUUCUACUUUUUGGUCGCAAGGCUAUCCUGAGUAGUACCACCAUGUGGCAGGCGUUGCUCUAUCCUGGUAUCUUCUCAUGGGUCAUCGACAAGUCUUUGCUGUACCUAUUCGGGUGGCAUGCAAAGAACAUCACCGCAUAUCAGAAGCUGGCAGCUUAUCCGCACUUGUUCUCCUUCAGCAGCACAAAGUCAGUUGUCCAUUGGCUCCAAAUCAUCAGAAACGAGACUUUUCAAAUGUUUGACGACGAGGUCCAGGCACCUCUCUCUAUCGCCUCUGGCGCAAAGUACUACAAGGUUGCCAAGUACCCUACGCGUAACAUCAAGACACCCAUCGUUCUUGUCUAUGGCGGAAGUGACAGCUUGGUGGAUAUCAAGAUCAUGCUCAAGGAAUUACCCAGACAUACUGUGGCCAAAGAGAUCCCUCAUUACGAGCAUCUCGACUUCCUCUGGGCCGAAGACGUGCACAAAUUGGUCAUACCACACGUGCUCGAUGCUUUGGAGGCCUACUCGACCGAUGCAGGACGCAAAAGUUUGAUCUCACCUUUCAGGCCUGCUCGACCGCAGAGUCUACUGCCUGCAUCGGUUCCCAGUUACUCCGAGGGAGAAAGUACCACUUGGGACUUUGCGGAUACUGACGGUGCAAAAGAAUCCAAGAGAAAGUUACGAGCCUUCCGAGUAAGCUCGCCACGUCGCUCAUCAGUCAAAUCUAAGAACACCAGCGGCAAGGUUUCGCCAGAACUGGUCAACACUAUCUCACCCGAUGCGUCCGCUAUCACUGAGCGAUCAACAAAUUCGCGUCCUGAAGGUUGGUGGAGCAGCGACGAAGUUGCAGGUACUACAUCCGAUCCAGCCACACCUGACACACAUAGCCAGCUUGAAAAACAGCCCUCCGAAACACCGGAUGUGAGCACGCAACCUGGAAAGCAAGCUACACCCAGACGCUUGAGUAGGCUUCCUAUAGUCCAAAACACUGGGCUCGGUAUAUCCUCACCACCAGCACCGACUGCCCCUUCUGCCGUCGCUGCUACAGCUUACGAUCCUCAACCAAUGAAGCGAGCUUCGGAGAACAUGGCAUCACCUUUGGCGCAGGCGGAAAGGGCCUUGUGGCAGAGGGAGUCGUGA